AUUGGCUAGUGGAAGAUCCCCGGAUAAAGUGAGUCCAUAUAUUAGAGAACGGUUGGUGAGCGGGUCGAGUGGUUUCGGCAGCGGCUAAAGGCGAUAGCAAGGAAACCAGUGUUUUGUACUGCGGUGUAAGGUGUUAUUUGUGGAAAAUAUAAAAUGGCUGGCGGUAAGGCUGGGAAGGACUCCGGAAAGACCAAGACAAAGGCUAUUUCGCGCUCACAGAGAGCAGGGCUGCAGUUCCCAGUGGGUCGUAUCCACAGACACCUGAAGUCCAGAACCACCAGCCACGGCAGAGUAGGAGCCACAGCAGCUGUGUAUAGCGCUGCUAUUCUUGAAUACCUCACAGCCGAGGUUCUGGAGUUGGCAGGAAAUGCAUCAAAAGACCUCAAAGUGAAGCGAAUCACCCCACGCCACUUGCAGCUUGCCAUCAGAGGAGAUGAAGAGCUGGAUUCUCUUAUCAAGGCCACAAUUGCUGGUGGAGGUGUGAUCCCGCAUAUCCACAAGUCUCUAAUCGGGAAGAAGGGCCAGCAGAAGACUGUAUAACCAGAGGUGCUCUGGAUGGUAUGCCAUCUCAGGAUUGAAGUCUGCAUCUGAAGUGGUUAACUGUCUUGGAUCCAAACAUGUUUAGAAAUUUUUAUGGUUAAGCUUGCAUUUAUUCACCUGGGUUUUUUAUUAUUUUUUUGUCUCAAGUGGCUUCAAAGAAGCUUUCUUUUCCCCUUUGUUUUCCUGGUGCUGCAGUUUGUUAUCCAUGCUGUGUGGCAUUCCCAUGUUUAAAGUGGUGUUUUAAUAAAGCCCUUGUUGGGCAUAUGUUCAGUUUU